GCAGCUAGUAGCGGCCCCCACGGUGGGUCCAGGAGCGCCCGCAGAGAAGACGGGUGUUAUACAGGUGGGCGAUCGUGUGAUAGCAAUCAACGGAUGCUACCUGGAGGAUGGGACGAUGGAGGAGGCAGAUCAGCUGCUGAGGGAGUCGGGGCUUCGCAUGACGCUGGAGAUCGAGUUUGAUGUAGCAGAGUCGGUCGUGCCCAGCAGUGGGAUAUUUCACGUGAAGCUGGCUAAGAGAGGUGCCGGCCUGGGCAUCACCAUCACGUCGCCUAGCAACCGACACUCCGGUGACCCUCUCAUCAUCUCCGACAUCAGGAAGGGCAGCGUCGCUCACAG